AUGCAGUAUUUUGGUGGGAUUAUCUUUAAAUUUGGAAGUGUUGUGUGGAAGUUUGUUAGGAUUUAUUUAUCUAAUUUCCACAUUUAUCUUCCACAGUAUGAGUGGGAUCACUCAGUUCACAAAAGGAAGAGACUCCCCCCGGUGAAAAGGUCUCUGGUGUACUACCUGAAAGGUAGAGAGGUCAGGAUGCAGAAUGAGUCCAGCUAUUACCGCCUGUUGCACGGAUACGCAGCCCAGCAGCUUCCCAGCAUCCUGAAAGAGAGAGAAUUUCGACUCGGCACCCUUAAUAAAGUGUUUGCCUCCCAGUGGCUGAACCACCGACAAGUGGUGUGUGGGACGAAAUGCAACACAUUAUUUGUAGUAGAUGUCCAAACUGGCCAAAUUACCAAGAUUCCGAUUCUGAAAGAUCGUGAACCUGGAAUGGUGAACCAGCAGGGAUGUGGUAUUCAUGCCAUUGAGCUCAACCCAUCGAGGACCCUUCUGGCCACAGGUGGAGACAACCCCAACAGUCUUGCAAUUUAUCGUCUGCCUACACUCGAUCCUGUCUGUGUGGGAGAUGAUGGACAUAAGGACUGGAUAUUUUCAAUUGCAUGGAUCAGUGAUACUAUGGCUGUUUCUGGCUCCCGGGAUGGUUCAAUGGGUCUCUGGGAAGUCACAGAGGAUGUGUUGUCCAGAAGUGAUGCCAGGCAUAAUCUCUCUCAAGUUCCUGUCUAUGCCCACAUAACACACAGGGCUCUGAAGGAUAUCCCCAAGGAGAACACCAAUCCUGACAACUGCAAAGUCCGAGCAUUGGCUUUCAACAAUAAGAACAAGGAACUGGGAGCUGUGUCCCUAGAUGGGUAUUUUCAUCUUUGGAAAGCAGAGCACACACUAUCAAAGUUACUUUCCACAAAGUUGCCAUACUGCAGGGAGAACGUGUGUUUGGCUUAUGGUCAGGAGUGGUCAGUGUAUGCAGUAGGAUCACAGGCACAUGUCUCCUUUCUGGAUCCCAGGCAGCCUUCUCACAACGUUAAAUCCGUCUGCUCUAAGGAACGAGGCAGUGGUAUUCGAUCCGUGAGCUUCUACGAGCACAUCAUCACAGUGGGGACAGGGCAAGGUUCCUUACUGUUUUAUGAUAUCAGAGCCCAGAGGUUCCUGGAUGAAAAGCCCCCACGUGCCUGCCAUGGACAGAAGCAGAAACUAGGAGGAAGUGAAAUUCUGAAGCUGACUACUGGGAAAGGCUGGCUGUAUCAUGAUGAAACCUGGAGGAAUUAUUUUUCUGACAUAAAUUUCUUCCCAAAUGCUGUUUACACGCACUGCUACGACUCUUCUGGGACGAAACUGUUUGUGGCAGGAGGCCCUCUUCCAUCAGGACUUCAUGGGAAUUAUGCUGGUCUCUGGAGCUAAUGAUAACUCUUUAUAAAUGCUGAUCUUUACACAGAUUUCCAUUUUAUUUUCCUUUUUUUAACAACAAAAUUGUGUGAUGCCAUUGAUUUCUGAUUUUAAAUACAAAUUAUUUUUCGGCAGAGUUUUCUGUUGGUCUCCAACAGUUUUGUACAUCUUUUUGAACAGUUUUUUGCUUUAACCUCCUUGAUCCUUUGUAUGAAGGGUUUUUGAAGUCCCUUUUUAUUGUAUUUACCCGAAAUGACUCUUCCCCCCACAUUUAGGCUAUCUUGGCCAUGUGCCCCCUCCCCUACUUUGCUGUGAGGUAGGAUUCCUUUCUUAUAGAGUGGUUGCUCCUGGACUUUCUGUGAAAAUCUUGGGGCUGCGUGUGUGCAGGUACUUUGUGUCAGUUACAUUACCUGGAGUGAAGACUACUUGUAAUUAAAAAAUAUUAAAAUAUUUAUAAGAGAUAAGCUACUACUUUUAUCUGCAGAGCCCUGGCCCUGGCCUGGGUUGAUCUUAUUUUUUAAAAGUACAAGUCUAAUGACACUGUUUAUAUGUAGAGGAAUAUGAUAAUUUUAAGCUGUACUCAUUGAAGCCCUGGGAUGGAUUCCCUAGUGGUAUUGCCCAUUAAUCCCAGACUGCAGAAGUGCAGGGGUUCUCAAAAGUGCAUUUGUAUUUGAAUUGUGGUUUUCAGCAGUCCCAGGAAUAAAAAUUGAUCUUCUGUUUCUUUUCUGCCUGUCCCAGGUAUCAGCUUGCCCAACAGGAGUUUGCAUAGUCAGUUCUGCAACAUGGUUGUUGCAGAGUGACAUUACAUUAAGGUCCUGCAGAGGUGCUGAGAGGAAAGGGGGGUUAGGGACGUGAAUGUUCUUGUCAUUUCAAAUGAACUAAAUCUAUCCAUUUUCCCGAUGAGCCAAGGUUACCGAGUAUGCUACUGUGGUAGCUCAUGGGUGCUUCAUAAACUGCCUAAAACCCAGGACCUUUUUUGUCCCAGGUUGUGGAAACUUCCCAUUUUUAGCUGUUCUGGUUGGCCAUCUCCUCUAAUAAACCACUGGAAUAAAUAAACGCUUCUUUUUCUCUGAGGUUAAAGGGUCAUCUCUGACUUAACUAACACAAGCUGGAAGCUUUCCUUGUAGCAAGAUAACCUUGCUGUUAGCUCACAUUGCGCUAGCAUCUGCUGUCAUCCUGCUUGCUAUGGGAGAGUCUCAGUCUUCCCCCCUAUGCCCUGGUGCCUUCUGCAAUCAAACUCCCUUGAACUUCAUGGGGGACUGGAUGGGAAGAAAAGGUCUGGUGCCCUUCAGGUCCAACUGUGAAAUGUGUGCAUUCCAGGGUGACGGGUCUUACCUAAUACUCAGCUAAAACGCUGGAGGACUCCAGGGUGCUCCUCCUAGCCUUUUGGCAGGCCCCAGACUCUUCAGGUUGUUACAGACACCUCUGAGCUCUGCUGGGAUGAAUGCCUUUUCUCUUCCCGGGUCACCGGUGGAGCAAAGUGUGCCUGGACCUCACUGCUUUGGUGCCAAAUGGGCAGUUGACUGAAGCUGAGAAGACAGACAAGGCUGGGAUAUGCUUUGUUCUGUCUCUGCUGGAGAUCACAGCCACACUGCAGAGUAGUUCUAGUCCCUUACACAGUUCCUGCCAGACUGCCUAAAGCUAGUCUGCAUGUGUCCCUGUGGUGCUUCUCAUCUCUGUACUCAGUAUCUUCAUCAGUAACGCCAAGCAGUGAGCCUCAGGCUUAAUUUCCAGUUGGUAGUGGAGACUUGGAUGGAAAUCCUGCAGGGAAUGCAGUUCCCUCCCAUCCGGGUGGAAGUCUUGGCAAGAGAAGAGCUCUCCCAGAUGUGCACCUGUCCCAGAAGUAUAAUUUACUCACACUGAUCAGACAGAGGUGAUUCACAAACAGAUCUUAUGUUUUGUAAUUCUACUUCCCUUAUGGGCUGGUUGCUUAAACUGAAUCAGUUAGUGGCACUGCAUGUGUGGCUAUUCAGGCCCUUUUCUGAAAGGGGAAAUUUCUAUACCAUGGAGUAGCUAAAGAACUCUCAAAUUUUUAUUAUAGAUGUUAUAAUGGUGUCUGUGGUCUUCUGUGAUGGCAACAUGUUGCUUUGGUUAUUUUAGGGGGUUUGAACAGUGGAAGUAUACAGAGGAAAACAACUCUUGUUGAAGUGAUCACUGUCACAGGGAGCAUGUUCUGCUUAGUUAUUUUACUUGGUUUAAAGUGCUGCUUUUUUUAAAAAAAAAAAAAAAAAAGAAAGAAACUAGACACUUGAGUCUACUUGAGUGUCCUCUGGUUCUGCUGAAUCAACAGUUACUAGUUAGGCACUUCGUGUCACCAGUGCCAUAGGAAAAUCCUGGUCUGAAAAUACUAGCCCUAAUGUUGAUCUGUUGAAGCGUAUUCCAGGUCUGGGUGAGGGGGCAAAAAGGGUAUUUGUAUAGACUGAGCUGCAGCCUACAAAGAGAGGCUGAUCUUCCCGCAGAGUCUCUAGGUUGCUGAAGAGGCACCCUUGUAAAGCGUCCCUCUGCUGUCUCUGAUCUUCCAAAGUACCUCAACGUGUGGUCCUGAAGCCUGGUAGUGUGAGUGCCCUUUUCCUCCUUUUUUCUGCAUAGGAAGCUUUGGACAAUUCUCAGAAGAAUCUGGUCAAUGAUGUAAAAUUCCUUAGGUCUCAUGCUUCUGUGUAUUCUGCUUUCAGAGUGCUUUCUUGCAAAGAUAACUUCUCAUGGGGAGGGAGCCAUCCUGUUGCUGUAUGAAAAUCCCCUCAAAAACUGGAAACAAACUAGACAGUACUGCAAGCAUGCAGUACUGGGCCAGAGAGAACUUGAUUUCUAGCCUGUUUCAGUGGUUUUAAAUGCUUGUAGCAAUCCAGAUGUUAAGUUUCUGAAUAUUUUGUGGUGGUCGUAUGUCACUUUUGGCCCAGACAGUGUUAGAAAUCGAGGCAGAGAAAGGUGAUGAUCUGCUAGCUGUCCAAAGAUAAGUGAUAGGAGAAAAAGCCAGAUUUUCUUAUUUGAUUUGAUUUUGUUGCCCUACUGGUUUAGACAUCAGAACUGAAAUGCAGGGUCAUGGUGAGAAAUGCAGGGAUUUCCCAUUGAAGUGCAGGAAUGGCUGUAUGCAGGAAAAUUCCAGGCUCCUCAUGGAGGUGUGUUGGCUGCACCCCGUUGUUCAAAUGGCAGAUACACCCCUGUGAUGGAUGGAAUUCAGUCUGGUCCACUGCACUUUGGUAGCUUUGUGAAUGGCUCACUCCGAUGAGACCCAGUGACAUGCAUGUUUUUAGACAGUUCUAUUGUUUCCAGUGUUUCUUAAUGAUUUCCCUCCCUUUCUCUUUCCUGCCCUCCAGAAUGGUUUGUUUGGGGUUCCCUCUUCUACCCCAAAUCAUCCAAGUCUUUACUGUAGCAAUAUCAUACUUGCAGAGAUGACCUCUGUCGAGCAGAAAUGGGCUUGCUAGCGUUUUGUUAAGCUAUCUUUGAGACAUUCAGUUUGCUUUGUUUUAAACUGGGUAGACCUUCGAGGCUGGCUCAGACUGUAGAACUGGGCAGAUGCCCUUGUACAUGUUUGCCUGAUGAGAUUACACGGAAACAGUCUGUUGCUGGGUGGAACAGACUCUGGUUUAUUUUGCAUUAAGCACUUGAAGGAGAGGAAAGAACACAACACAUAGACCUUCAGACUUUUCUUCCUGCUACUGACUUUUCAGUCAUGUGGGAUAUUUAGUGCUUCUGGUGAGUGUAGGAAGCAGCUAAUUUUACUGCUCAGCUCUUUUCAGUAGACUGCCAUGUUCAUUCGGGUGUCUUUGGGUAUUACAUUUUCAGUAUUCAUAAUCACAGGUAAUCAAAACAGUGAUUUAAUUAUGGGUUCAGUAAUACCCAGCUGGUAAGUACUAGGUAGCAAUCUCUCAGUAACAAUUGGGUGUUAUGUGAUGGACGUUUCUAAGGAAGCAGAAGCUACUUUGCAGGGUUGUCUUGAGCCUAGCAGUGAGGGUGGUGCUCACCCUCUUCACCGAACACCUUAUUCCUGGUAAUUCCUCUAGUUUUCUUCCUUGUACAGUCAAGUCAGCCAGGGAGAGUUACUAGUACUCUCCUUGGGUGCUUUCUGGGAUUGCUGUAAAGAAGUGAGUCCAUUUGUUUGGCUCCUUCAUCAGUGCUGCUGGUGUUAGUCCAAGGUGAGUAAAUUACCAAAGAAUAGUUAAUAGGUGUUUGUUCCUAGUCUCAGUUGUUAUUUUCCACAUAGAUCCAUUUUUAAGAUUCAUUGCCAGAAUGCUCUGUGAUCUUACUGGACUUUGUCCACAAAGGUUACAUUCACAUUGUGGGUGACUCUUGUGACUCCCUUAAUGAGGGGGACUCAUGAACUUCUUUAUGGGGAUAUAUUUGCUGCUUCCAUUUCAAGUCUUUGGCAGCUUUUUGUAUCUUAAGGAUUAAGAUACUUUUGUAUCAAGUUGUUGUUCUUCAGAAUUUCACUUGCUUUGUAUAUAGCUUGCAGCUGCAGUUAAUAGAUUGAAGUUAUGAUUCAGCUAUGUUGAGUAGUGUUUUGGUGUCUUUUAAUUUCUGCCCCUCAGCUGAGAGACGCUUAGCGAUGUCCCUCAGCUGGUGCCGAUGUGAAGUAAAGCAGGCUUGCCUAGACCCUUCAUGGAGGUCACCUGUUGUGUUUGUUUGCAAGAAACCAAGAACAGAGAAGCUGUCAGUCACUGCAUCUUGGCAAAGCAGCAGCAUCUUUCAGCAGACAGGUAGGAAUGCUGAGAUCUGUUUGUGGUGGUCUGAUACCCUAAUUUUCCAUAAAUCCACUUUUCAAGGUGUCUGAGGUUCUUAGAUUUUGUUGCAGUUACUGUUAUGACUCAAUUACAGAGCUUGGGUACAGCUUGUUCCUAGGAAUACUGUUGCAGAGCUGUGCGUGAUGCAGGCAGAGCUGAUCCUCUGGCCAGCUCAUGCUGAGCCCUGGAUGACUGUGUUGGCCAGGCACAUGCUCUCUACCUUAAAGCCGAGUGAAAAUCCCAGUGUGCCCUGCUGGCCAUCCCACAGUUAGAAUCCAUGAUGUGACCUCAACUUAAAAUGCAUUUCUGAGUGUUGUAGGGCCAUCCGUAACUUAUUUGAGUCUGUGAAGCACAGACACUAGGAAUUUGUGCAUGUUGCAGACAAGGGAUUGUGGAAAGGAGAAUACAGCCACAUCUUGCCUGAAGGGAUCUCCUGCGUAUGCUCUCCCUUGCCUCUGCAAGUGGGACUUUGUGUGGUGAGGGUGGGCAAGGGGGCAUAAGAGAAAAGGUAAAAGCCCAGCAGUGUUUGGUACUGCUGUCCAGCCUCCUCCUGUUCAUUGCUCAGGAGGUACUUGUGAAAGGGCUUAAUUGGAAACAGUUUCAGAGCAACCAAGUUGAUAUCACUGUCAUUCUUGUUUCUCCAUGAUAAUUUUCAAGGGUUUAAAUUAGAAAGUGUCUUUUUGCUUGUGAUGCUGUUUCUUUAUCAAAAUCCUGUGGUACUUGGCUAAUUAAAAGAAUGCUCUUUGACUGAAAGGAAUCUUCCCAAUUGAAAAUUGAAUGCCAUUUUCUAUUAUGUUACUGGGAGCAGUAUGGUCUAAGAAAGUCCACACAGAUCUAAAACAGGAUGCCAGGGUUGGCAGAGUUGGGAAAAUGUGGGCUGCCUGACUAUUUCUGUACCCAGAAAAAUACCAAGUGAAACACUUAACUGUAUACAAAUUCUGGUCAUUUGACUGAAACUGAGAGGGUGUGUAAAAGCCCCUUGCAACAUAGUGUGAUGUCUCUGUAGUCCUAGAUGUUGAUUCUUUGACCUUAGAAUAAAAAUCUAGGAGUAAAUACAUUGUUUUCUUAGGAACUGCUUUUCUAGAUUCCCUUAUUAAAAGGGAAAAUUCAGGUGCUGAAUCUUAAAAUCUCAUUAAACUUGUACUUUUUAUUUGCCCAUUUACCUGGUCUCCUUUCCUUUCCAAGGCCUCCCACAGUCUCAGGGUAUAAAUCACUAUGACUCAUCCAAAUAAUACUGAAAUGGUUGGACUAGAUGAUCUUCAAGGUCCUUUCCAACCUAGUUGAUUCUGUGAUUCUGUGAAAUGGACCAACCAGAGGUUAAUGUGCCUUCCUCUUCUGGUACCUUGAUCUUUGUUGUUAUCUCACAAACCUGUCACUGUCUUAGGGCUGGGUAUGUGCGUUGUCUUUUUCUAAGAUGUAUGUGUUGAAGUUGCAACAGGUUUGUACUGUUAACUUGUGACUUGUUCCAUGUGUUCUAGGAUGUGGUGUAGACACAAAUCAAUGCACUGGUUUGUCUUGGGAUCAGUCUUACCUGUGACAUCUAUCAGUGCUUGCUUGUAUGUUACUGUGUACACAAAUGCUGGAUCUUCCCCAUUGCCCGUGAUGUGUAUGAUACACCAGCUACACAAGGUGUUUUAAAAUGUGUGGUGAUCACAACUUGUUGCCUGAGGGUAGGAUGUUCUACAGUGAACUUUUCAAUGUUUUUUUUCCAAAUAUAUUUAAUAAGAUCCAAAGCCUUGGGAGGG